AUGGCCGACGUGGAACCCAUCUUCUCUGCUGUUUCCAGCAAUGCUCAUCAUCUCUAUACUCUGCUACAGUGCAUUAGCUUUGUACCAAAAGCUACCGUGCUUAUUACCCCAGACGGGAUUCGCUUCUCUGUGGAGGAAGGCCGAGUAAUACAGGCACUCGCGUUCCUCGACAAAGCUCUUUUCACCACAUACACCUUCAACCCACCAGCCGCGCCGAACAACACGUCUAGGGAUUCGGGAGACGAUGAUGAUUCUCCAGACCCUACUUGCAAUCCAUGCUUCGUCGUGUCGCUUUCUGCCCUCCUUGAGACACUGAAAAUUUUUGGUGUAAAUGAUCCAUCUGCCACUGGGGCCACCAAAGCAGUUAGUGUCCAACCGUCGAAUCCCUCGUCCUCGAACGCCUUCACCACGCCUGCAUUGCUGUUUGAUCGUUCAUGUACCUUGCAGUAUUUCCAGAACGGCUCCCCUUUGAGCAUCACUUUAUCAGAGACAGGGAUCAAGACCACGUGUGAAUUAACAACCUACGAACCCGACGGCGGCGAAGUCGAUAUCCCUCUUCAACGUGAUGCCAUCAUAAUGAAAGUCAUCAUGCGUUCUGCCUGGCUACAUAAUGCCAUUGUGGAGCUAGGUGCCACUAACCCCAAUGUGUUAAAGAUAUCCGCCUCGGCGGAUCAGGAACCUUUCUUCGCCUUGUCCGGUUCUGGUGGUCCGUUCAGCGAGUCCUCUGUAGAAUUCUCAAUAGAGGAACAAGGCCCGAACAACGGGGCGUCGUCCCAGUCUCGCAAGGUGCUGACAGAUGAUGGCACGUCCAGGUCUCGGGCUAAGAGGGCCAAGCUUGCGCCGACUGUCACCGAGACCUUCCUCGUCAGCCCACCGUCUUCAAUGGGUUCUCGCAUCAAGCAAAAUUACCGAUUCUCUCUUGUACAGAAGGCAUCUCGUGCUAUGGCUGUGGCUAACAAAGUAAGCAUUCGAGGCGACCGGCAAGGAGUCUUAAGCCUUCAGUUCAUGAUUGAAAUCGACACACACGGCUCCAGCGGCGCGAGUAAUGGCACAAGACCGUCUGGGGGAGCGCUAGGGCCCACAGUGACCUUUGUAGAUUUCCGCUUUGUGCCGUUACUGGAUGAUGUGGCAGUUGAUGACGACAGCAUGGGUGAGCUCGAAUAA